CGAGCAGUCGAGCACUAUAUAUAGUUGUAUACGCUUAAAAAUUCAAUCGGAAACUGACAGAGAGAGAGAGUCCGAGUCAUUCACACUGACUCACUCACUCACUCUAUCACCGUCGCAAUCAAAUCGUUCCUCUCAGGACUCAAUUCAUAGCCCAUUGACCAGGAGUAAAUUUCUAUUGUCCACUUCAUGAUGAAAGGUUUUAAAAUUUCAAUACUCUGGUUAGGAAUUUCUGUUCUUGCAAUUCCAUCUUCAUAUGGAGUAUCUGUAUCAUGUAUGAUGGCAUAUGACGAAGGUGGCAUUUCUAAUGUGUUGGAGUCUCCUGAAUGUUCUGAGUGGGUUCUUUCCACUGAAUCUCUUCAAAAUAAGACUUUGAACUGCCAGUCUGCCACACUUCAGGGACAUAGGGACUACCAAGAAGAUUGUAUCUUAUGUCAUCCUGAUAUGAAAAUACCACGCCUUGGAAAAAGUGGUCUUGAGGAGGGUAAAGUUGGUGUUAUGGCAGUAUUUGAUGGUCAUGGUGGUAAGGAAGCUAGUGAGAUGGCUUCAAAACUUCUGUUGGAUUACUUUUACAUGCAUGCUUUAUUCAGCUCGUACAAGCUACUGACACAGUACAAGGGAGUGUUACCUGUAACUGAUGAUGAAAUCACACAUUUGAAAAUACUAAAAGAAGCAUUGUUGAAUACAAUUCAAGAAAUUGAUUUCAAAUUUUCUCAGGAGGCUUUUCAAAAGAAGAUUUUCUCAGGAUCCACAGCCACUGUGGCUCUUCUUGUUGAUGGGAAGAUUUUAAUUGCCAAUGUUGGUGACUCAAAGGCCCUUUUAUGCACAAAGAAGAUUCGGUCUGACAACAUGACAACUAGUCUUUCAGUCACUAAACUAACAGAAGAUCACCAUCCAGAUAGAGAUGAUGAAAGAGAUCGAAUUGAAGCAGCUGGUGGUUCUGUUGUUAGUGUUUGGGGUGUGCCUCGAGUCAAUCGAAUACUCACUUUGUCCAGAGCCAUUGGUGAUGUGUAUCUAAAGAGAUUUGGUGUUAUAGCUGUGCCUCAAGUGACAGGUUGGCAACCUCUAGAUGCUAAUGAUAGAUUUCUGGUGGUUUCGUCUGAUGGUAUUUUCGAAAGCUUGACACCGCAAGAUGUGUGUGAUCUUAUAAAUGAUUCAAGUUCAUGCUCGCCCUUAUCCUCAUUGGGCGAUUGCAUUGUAAAUACAGCAUUUGAGAAAGGUAGCAUGGAUAAUUUGUCAGUUAUUGUAGUUCCAUUAUGAUGUUUUAUUUAUUUGUAUUUUUUGUUGUUGUUGUGAACUUGUUGGUAGAAAGAUAUCAGAAUUAGAUAGGCUUUUGCCAAA